UAUGUUUCUUAAAUUAGGUUGCGUUCACUGUGUUCGUUGGGCUCGUUCGGAUUUUAGAUUUUAAGUUGCUAUUUCGUAAAGAAGACACGGUUCUUGCGCAUUAUUCUUAGAGAGAACAUCAGAUCUCUCAAAAAUGGAUUCUCGAUUUGCUGACCUUCGGCGGCGAGACUCGAGCGUGUCAAUGCUCCGAGUGAAGCAGUCACGCCGGAGAUCUCAGUGCCAAAAAGAGAACCGGGAGCGGAUGGUGAACACUCGCAGGCAGCUGGACAAACUGCCAGAAGCGGACGCGUCUUCCCUGGACGUCUCCACGGUGACUACCAACAUAUCCACUGUUCAGGAGAAGACACGGAUCAAGGCCACACCAGCUAACGUUGCAGCAGUAGACAGGCUGAAGCGGCUGCAGAACUGGAAAGAGCAGAAGGAGCUGAAGAAGGAAAAGGAAAAAAGAGAGAGGGAGUCAAAAAGAGUGUUCAAGAUUGGCCUCUAUCAACCCAAAGACACGCUCAGUCUUGCUCCGCUACCUGCUGUCCCUUCUGCUGCCUCCAGACCCAGAGAGAGAAAGGUGAACGUAGCUCCACCCCAGAGCAGCAGAGUCACUCGCUCCAUGAAACAGCCCCAGCAGGAACCACAGAGGCCUCUGGCGAUGCAGCAUCAGAACACUCGAGCAAACAAAGUCCAGCCGUGCGCUGAGCGCCCGGCCAGGAGCUGUGCUGCUGCCCUCAAACCCUCCACUGCCACCAAGACCAGUGCAGGCUGUCCUGCUGCGUCAGGGCCAGGCGGCCGAGCGUUAUCGACCAGAUCGGCCAACAGGCCUCCGGUUACUAAAGCUCAGGCUGAGGUGAAAGACAAUCCUAAGGCCAGAGAAGGAAGAACCACUAGGAACAGAGCAGUUGUCAACCCUCUACCGCCCUCGUCUGGAGAAAGAAGGAACUGUAAAGGCACCACAGUCCAGCCUGCUGAGCACAAGGAGGAACAAGAGAAAUCAGUUUGUCCUUCACACCCCACGCCUGGCCCUGAGGACAGAGCCAUGGUGGUGAGCUCAGCUCCAGAGGAAGCUGCUCCUGCUCCGGGUUCUGCUGCUCCUGCUCCGGGUUCUGCUGCUCCUUCAUUUGCUCCAGACGGCUUUGUCUUCCAGGCCCCUGCCGGCCUGUCGGCCUUCAAGUUUGAGCCUCUCACCCCCCGAUCAGCAGACGCCUUCCUCACUCCAAGUCCCAGUUUCAGUCUCCCACCAGCCCCAGUGUUCAGUGAUGAACCUCCAGCUGAGCCUGGAGAGCCUCCAGGCCACUCUCCUCUCCGCAGCGCCUCGACCUCUGUCAGCCCGCAUGAGUCAAAGCAUGAUGUGCCCUACUUCAGAUCAGAAAUGUCCAUCGAGACGGACAGACUGACAGACCUUUGUUUCCAUUGGGAGUCCAAAGUGGAGGACGAGACCAUCCCAGAGGAGAUGAGAGACCAAAUGCGCACAGCAGUAGGCCAGGCGAGGCUGCUGAUGAAGGAGCGCUUCAACCAGUUCAGCGGCCUGGUGGACGACUGCGAGUUUAGCCGCGGAGAGAAGGUCACCACCUUCACCGACCUGCAGGGCUUCUGGGACAUGGUGUACUUCCAGGUGGAAGACGUCAACAGGAAGUUUGAUGCCCUGCGAGAAGCAGAGGGCCGCGGCUGGUUGGAGGAACUGAAGCCGCCCCCAAGACAGAGGAGAGUGGUGAAGAAAAUGUCGGCCGCUCCCACCAAGCUGACGGGAAACAAAGCUGCGGCCAAGUCUCGCCUGGCGGCGGUGAAAGCUGCCAUGAAAGCCCGGCAGCAGGCAGCUGAGGCAGAGAAGGCAAAGGACACAGGGGCUGCUGCUGGCAGGCAGGAGCCACUGGGAGGUCUCUCCCAGCUGGAGAGCCCAGCCAGACCAUCAACCCGGCGAUCCAGCCGCCUGAGCGCAGCGGCGUUGCCCCAGACGGCGUUGACCCAGGCUUCCCCCGCAGCAGCUUACCCCUCACCCAGGAGAGUCACCCGCCGGUCCCUUGCAUUGACCCAGACCCCUGUUCCUGCUCCUCCCGCUCAGCCUGUCCACUCUGCACAGAAACACCUGGACUACAAAUCCCAGCAAGAAGCUCCUCAGGCCUCCCAGAACCAGAACGUUUCUCUCUGCUUCUCCCCUGUGAAGGAAGUUACUUCAGACGAGCCCCAGAACCAGACGAGUCCCAACCUGCAGUCUGAACAGGAAACGGUGUCGGAAGACCUUCCAACUCUUUCUGUGGACAACAAACCCUGUGAUGUCAUCAGUGCCAGACUUUCUCCGUCUCCAUGUCAAACAGCUGCAGUCCAACCACCAUCCCGUUCCCCCUCCGAUCAGGUUCCCAUGGAGACCCAGCCGCCCAGCUCUCCCACUCCAGAUGCUUCAGUAGUUGAGGAAAUUCCUGGUUUGGACUUUGAACGUUAUUUCAAGCCGUCGCAGAGAUGCAGUAUGUCACUGGGGGACACUGUUGCCAUAGAGCUGUCACCAUCUAUGGGAGCGGAUGUAGAAAUGAAGAGUCCUGAAGGACAACCUGAGGAGCUGCUUGCUCAUCUAGAGCCGGCACUCUCAGCGGUGUCUUCAGUGUUCACUCCUCAAUCACCUCAGGUGCAGACUGCGCAGUCGGCCCUGCUGCUCUUCACCCCGGACCCGAAGGACCGGAUUCGUCAGUCCACCUGUUCAAGUGACCUCAUGGUCUUCACCCCUCCAAACGUAUAAAAGCUUCUCUUACAUUGUUCUGUUUUGACUUAAAUGUGUUCAUCUGUUUAAAAAAGAAAAUCUGAGUCAUUUUUUUCAAAUUUGGUAGAAAAUAUUUCUUUUACUUCUUUUGAAUUAAACGUUGUGUUUGCAAACUG